AUGAGGAGUGCCCAAAGGCUCAGCCCAACCAUUCAUCCUAGUCGCUCUCCAUCCCAUGGGCCGUGGGCUCGGCUAGAACUGCAAGUCCGCAAGCCUUCGUCGGCCGCCGCCGGCACCUCCCCGAUCUGCUGCUACCUUGCCGGCGAAGGUCGUCUCGUGCCGGCACCGGUAGGUGGCAGCCUUCCUCCAAUCCUCCGUCCCUCUCCUUCCCCAACCAUCGCCGCCUUCGGUCGCCUCGUCUUCCCCAACUACACCUCGCGGUGGCACAGCAAAACGGAGCUAGCGGCUGACCCGACUCCCAUCUUUCCCAAUUCUCAGCGGGCGAUGCAGGCGAAGAAGCUGACCCUGCUUGAGACGGUGGCAGCUGCGGGAGUCUUCUCCGCCGUCUCCUUCUGGUAUGGCUUCAUGUUUGGAAGGGAGUCCGCGCGGCGUGAGCUUGGUGGCAUCAUAGACGACCUCCGCAGCAACAAGCCCACCACCACUGCUGCCGCUUCCUCGGAUACUGAUGCUCAUCCCAAGCCAUAGUGGGGGUCCAGGUCUGCAAUGCGAAGAACAAGAAUGUAGAACUAAUCUGGUUAGCUAUUAGAAGUGUUCAACAAGGAGAAAUAUUGUUAGAGGAAGGCCAAAGCAGCCCGACCUAUAUUUUGUAGGUUUCUGUUUUAGGGAGACUGCCUUUUGAAUUCAAAGAAACGAGAGAUGAUAUCAUUUGAUAUGUGGCGUGACAGCCAGUUAUCAUCCGAAUCUAUCAGUCAUUCAACAGUGUUUCUCUCACAAUAAAUUAGCGAACAGGACUUUGUUCUC